CCCCCACGGGUCCAGAGCCGCCCCUGCUCUCCUGCGCUCAGCCCUUGGGAGCCGUUGCAGGUGUGCUGAGGUCCAGUGAGAGGGACCUGGAGGAAGCCUUGCAGCAGGUGAAGCUGGAGAGGGAUGCUGCUGUCCAGAACCUUACGGCCCAGGUCCAGGAAAAGGAAAAGGAGGCUCUGGAGUGGAAGCAGCAGCACGACAAGAUCUUUGCCGAGAAGAAAGAAAUGGAGUAGAAGAGUUGUGGCCGAGUUUGAGGACGUGGUCGGACUGGUGGUGGAGGAUUGUAAGAGCCAGAAGGAGCUUGCGGAAAAAGAGCUGCAGAAAGCCUUGGAGGCCAAACAGCAGGCGGUCUCUGACCUGGAGGCCUUGGAAAAGUCCUUCUCCGAAUUCUUCAACCGCUUCACCAAACAGAAGGAGGCCAUCGAAGGGUUUCAGAAGAAUGAAGAGACGCUGAAGAAAUGUGUGGUGGAUUACCUCGAAAGGAUUAAGAAGGAAGAGCAGAGGUACCAGGCCCUGAAGGCCCACGCGGAAGAGAAGUUGGAUCAAGCAAACGAAGAGAUUGCCCAGGUGAGAAGCAAAGCCAAGUCAGAGGUGGCUGCCCUCGAGGCCAGCUUGCGCAUAGAACAGAUGAGGGUCCAGUCGCUGGAGAGCACCCUUGAGCAGAAGGAAAAAGAAAACAAGGAACUCACAAAAAUCUGUGACGAAUUGAUUUCUAAGAUGGAAAAAUAGUGCUAAGAUCUCUGCUUUCCUCCCGUUUUGUUCUGUUUUCCAAUUUUGGGAUAGAUUAUUUAUUAAAUGUAUUUCUACACUUCAGUGUCACUAGUUUGACUAAUAUUAUUUGCUAUAAAAUAGUUUCUUUUUAUCCCCAGUUUCUGUUUCUGAAAAGUAGUUGAAGAGGCCUCUGUGUAAUAAAAAUAAAAAUUUAUUAAAAAA